AUGACUGCCUCUCUAUUGUCCAAAGUUCAUCAAAUCAAGCGCCCAAAGCAGGCUAAAACAGAAACAGAUUACCGGAUUCUGUCUGAGAUACCAGACGAAACCAGCGACGCCUCGAGAAAAACAACAACCAGCAGAUUGACACUUGCUUUCCUUGCCUUAGGAGCCGUGCUUUUCUCUGUAUUUUUCUUUCCUCGCUGGUUCAAACAGCAGGAUUGCAAUUGUGGGAAUUCCAUCCAAGAAGCUUUGGCGAAUGGUUGUAAAUAUGACCCGAUGGCAACCUCUUGGCUUCCCCCCAUAUGCCGCGAUGACGAACUCAUUGACGAAUUCAAUCAUGCUGGCCCCGGUGUUGAUGGGGAGUGGACGUACUAUACGGAUCAGAGCGGCAAUAGAACUAUGACUGUUGAGGAGGUAUCGCAACUCGCUGAGAUGGAAGGCGAUGAGGCAACUUUCUGGACGACUCACGAAUGGCACCUUGUACACUGUCUUUUUUACUGGAAGAAGGAAUCGCGAGCGCGAAAGUCUGGAAAGACGAUGAUUGAGAAGAGUUUUGACGGAGGUGAUCAUAUCGACCAUUGUUAUGUCGCUUUUCAGAGCGGUUUGCCUCUCCAGAUGAUCAAUACGCGGUCUUCAGCUGGGCUCAAUGCGGAUAAAAUGGAUUAA